AUGUUUCCCUUGGUAUCUGAAGACUUAUGGUUUAUCUUUUAUGUGGACAUACAGGCAGGUGAAGAGCUAUUAUGGGAGCUGUUUGUGCAAGCAGGUCCAGUUGUUAAUGUAUAUGUGCCCAAGGACAGGGUUACAAGUGCUCAUCAAGGCUAUGGAUUUGUGGAGUUUAGAAGUGAAGAAGAUGCCGAUUAUGCAAUCAAAGUUCUUAAUAUGAUUAAGUUGUUUGGAAAACCUAUUCGAGUAAAUAAGGCUUCACAAGAUAAGAAAAGUGUCGAUGUUGGAGCUAACCUGUUUAUCGGAAACCUUGAUCCUGAUGUUGAUGAAAAGCUUCUUUAUGACACUUUCAGUGCUUUUGGUGUUAUUGUUGCAAAUCCAAAGAUAAUGAGAGAUCCUGAAACUGGAAAUUCUCGCGGUUUUGGUUUUAUUAGCUAUGAUUCAUUUGAGGCAUCUGAUGCCUCUAUUGAGACGAUGAAUGGGCAGUAUCUCUGCAAUCGUCAGAUAACAGUGUCGUAUGCGUACAAGAAAGAUACGAAAGGAGAGCGCCAUGGCACCCCUGCAGAAAGAGUUCUUGCUGCUAGUAAUCCUACUACCAUAAGAAGUCGGCCCCACACCAUGUUUGCAAGUGGACCUCCAACAAUACCUCAGCAAAACGGUGGUGUCAGCGCCCCAGUCGCACCAAGGCCCUUCACAAACGGCCCUGUUCCUCCCCCUCCGAUCCCAGCACUCAGUGUGCCACCCCCACAGAACAUGUAUCAGCCUAUGCAGAUGCAAGCGCCAUCUUGGCAGGGUCAGCCCCCGCAACCUGGUCACACUGGCAUUCCUCCACCAAUGCAGCAGUUCAGAAGCAUGCCGCCACCACCUCCACAAAUGGCCCCAGCUCCUAUGAGACCUCCACCGCCUCCAUCUGGAAUGGCUGCUCCACCUGGUUGGCGACCACCACCGCCCCCUCAGCAUCUCGUGGGUGGAACCCAUCCCAUGCAGCAUAUGUCCAUGCCUCCACCUCAGCAUAUGCAUAUGCCGCCGCAGUAAAUUUGACACUCGAGUUGUCGUAUGCCUCUUUAGAAAUUGUUGUGUCCUUUCUGAUGGAUUUAUGUUGUGGCCAAGUUACUACAACUAUUCAUCAAUCACUUUACUUUCAAGAAAGACAGGUUAAAGUGACAUUACUGAAGCUCAUAUUUUAGGAAUUUGGAAAUACUUGUCCUUUUCUUUUUAAGUCCUAAUUACUAGUACUAAAUAUUUUCUCUUAUUGUAAGUUGUUAUUAAGAGAGGUUCAUUUAGACAUUUCCACACUUCUUGCUUAUGCAUAGUAUAUGGCUCCGUUCGGUUUCCA